AUGCUGAAUGAGGACAGCAUAGAGGUUGAUCUAGUGAAAAUAGAAAAUGAGCUAAAGAAAAACCAAGACGAUAUUGAAAAAAAAAAAAAAAAAAAAGUGCAAUUUUCUGAUAAAAAUGAAACCAUAUAUUAUGAAAAAGAUGAAAAUGAAAAUAAUUAUUUUAAUUUUGCCUUAAACAAUUUUAAUUAUUUUGAAUGUUUUUACAAUGAAAUGUAUAACAUUGAUUUUAAUGAAGGGGAAUAUAAAAAUGAAGAUACAAUUUUAAAUGUAGAAGACAGAACUGCAGCUUACGAUAAUAAUGAUGAACCUUUUGAAAACAGUAAGGAGGCUGAUGAGGACUAUAAGGAAGGGGAGCAGUCAAAAAAACAAUUAGGAAAAAAGGGUAUGAAUGAUAGCACCAGUGCUGAUGAUAUUGGUAACAACAACAGCAGCAACAACAGCAGUAAUGGUGUGAAAGACUAUGUAACUAAAAGAGAAAGAUUUAAUCAAACGUUCAAUGAGGACUGUUCCUUCGAAAUUGACGAUAUACAAAAAGCAUUAAUAAAUGCGGAGGAGCGAACGACAAACUAUAGUAAAGAUUAUUUCGGAUAUGAUAUUGAGCCAUUUAAUAUGAAAAAUGAAUUAAAAGAAGGAUAUAUAGACAAACAUGGUAAUUACAUUUAUAAUGAUUAUGAUUAUGAGGAUGUUGAAGAGGCAUGGUUAAAAGCAGUAGAUGAAGAGGAUCCAUUUACGACAUUUUCCAAUCAUAAAUUAAAGUCAAAAAUACAUAAUGCAGCUAUGUCCACGAUUGGUGAUAAUAACAGUAACGGCAGUGGUAACCGUAACUGUAAUAGUAGAACUAAUAUCAGUAGUAAUGGCAGUAGUAAUGGCAGUAGUAAUAUAAGUAGUAAUAGCAGUAGUAAUAUCAGUAGUAAUAGCAGUAGUAAUAUCAGUAGUAAUAGCAGUAGUAAUAUCAGUAGUAAUAGCAGUAGUAAUAUCAGUAGUAAUAGCAGUAGUAAUAUCAGUAGUAAUAGCAGUAGUAAUAAUUUAAAUAAUUAUAUGCGCACUGUGAAUAUAUACGAUGCGCUAUACUCUCUGUCCUGUUUAUUAAUUGACAAAGAGACACCAAUUAAAGCGAUGAUAAGAUAUAAGAAUGAUUUAAAAUUAUGUAAAAAUUAUUUAAACGAGUGUAAACUGAAAUUACAGAAAUUUAAUUCUUUUGUUACAUCAGAUGCAGAAAAGUCUACAUUGCUUGACGACCAUACGGUUGUAAUUGAUGGUCAGUCAUUUAACGAUAUGCAUUCAGAUAGACCUCCCUCAAAUUAUGGAGGACAAAAUAAAAGAAAUAUAUUGCAAGUUAAUAUUAAAAGGAGCAGGAGGUGGAAGAAGGACUACUCUGAUAGUGGGGGGAAGAGGCAAAAUACUCAGGACAACAACCUCGAGGGGGAUGAUAUUAAUGAACAACAUGAGGAGGAAGUAAAGGUGGACAAGGUGAAGGUAGAUAACACGAAUGAAGUGAAUGGGAAGGAGGACCGAGCAGAUGAUGAGAAACACGAUGAAGAGCAAAUGGUGGGGAAGCCCCCACCAAGGGAAGAUGUCAAAGAGGAGAAGGUGAAGGAUAAAGAAGUGAAGCAAGAACUGAAAGAGGAGGAUUCUAACGAGGCAACUGCUAAUGAGACAACUACUAACGAGGCAACUGCUAAUGAGACAACUACUAACGAGGCAACUGCUAACGAGGCAACUGCUAACGAGGCAACUGCUAACGAGGCAACUGCUAACGAGGCAACUGCUAACGAGGCAACUGCUAAUGAGACAACUACUAACGAGGCAACUGCUAAUGAGACAACUACUAACGAGGCAACUGCUAAUGAGACAACUACUAACGAGGCAACUGCUAAUGAGACAACUACUAACGAGGCAACUGCUAAUGAGACAACUACUAACGAGGCAACUACUAACGAGGCAACUACUAACGAGGCAACUACUAACGAGGCAACUGCAAAUGAGGAAAAUAUUAACGAAGUUAUCAAAGUGAACAUUGACACAUGCUGGGAGUCGAUGAAUGGUGAAGAAUGCAUAACUACUAAUAAAGAAGAAAAUGAGACAGGAGUAUUGGAUGAUGAAAAAUUAAAAGAAUUGCAAAAAUUAGAAGAGGCAUAUCAAAAGAUAACUCUCGAUUACAAAACAAUAGAAAGACGGUUUAACAAUUUAAUUGAUUUAACACAAAAAUUAACGAAUGAAUAUAAGAAUGUGUACUUUUUAACAAAAAAUGAAUUUGAAUCCUUAUGUAAAAAAUUAGAACAAUACAAGGAAAAUAUAGAAAUACAAUGGCAAUUUAAAUGGAAUUGUGAUAGUAACAAUAAUAUUUAUGGUCCUUAUAAUUAUUAUGAUAUAUAUAAUUUCAUAUCAGUUGGAAUUGUAUCUGCAGUAAAUCCUAUACAACUAAGAAGAAUAAAUAAUGAAAACAAAGUUAUAGAAAACAUUUGGCAAAUGUAUGAUGCUGUUAACUACUUAACUUUUGUUAGUAAUGAAAAUAUUAAGAAAAAAAGAAAACUUGAUGAAACCCACAUUUUUGAUUAUGCAGAGGAUGGAAAUGAGAAAGGAGAAGAAAAUGAUGAUGAUGAUAAUGAUGAUAAUUCUGUAGAUGACAAUUAUGAAAUAAAAAAAAAAAGAAGGAAAAAAAAAAAGGGGUUAAUUCAAAUAUCCAAAAAAAAGGAAAAAUUGCAAGAUGAGGAGGACAGUGAUGAUAAUGAAGAUGAUUAUGAAAGUUACGAAAUUUGA